AUGUCCAUACGCGUCCUUCUCAAAGACUAUCCGCACCGUGCCAUCGCCCUCUCCACAGCGACCCACGCCCUCGUCCUGCGCCAUAGCCCGACCUCGACCGAGCACAAUGGCAAUGCAUCCACUGCAUCUCUUGGGAGCAAUGGCGCAGGCGCAGCGCGCUGCAUGGUCGAGUUUGCGCGCCUCGAUGAUAUGGAUCUAGGCGACUAUCGCGCGCUCAAUAGUGUGAAUGCGCAUGGCACGCUGGGCCUCAUCACGGUGAAUGGCGACGUGUUCCUGGUGGUCGUCAAUGGCAGCAGGAAGGUUGCCGACGUGCGGCCAGGGGAGACGGUGCAACGCAUACACAGCGUGGGUUUCUAUUGCUUGAACAGCGCAAGCUACGAUGCCCUGCUGAACGAUGAGGUCAACCCAUACCCCACCGACACCAUCGAUGAGGAGGGAUAUGAGAUGGGCUUCGGGCGGGGCAAGUCUGAGAAUCCCAUGGAGCACCCGUGUCUGGCCCUCAAGAAGCUGCUCAGCAGCGGGACUUUUUAUUACAGCUCCGACUUCGAUAUGACGCGAAGACUGCAGGAGAGGUCUUCGGAUGCUGCCACUGUCUCCAUUGACAGCUUGGACGCCGGCUUUCUGUGGAACUCGUACAUGAUCCAACCGUUGGUCGACUUCAGAUCGAGACUGGCUCAAAGAGAAAAGCAGGCGCUGGACGCUUCAGGCAUCCUCACUUCUGCUAUCCGCGGCUUUGCCCUUACGGUCACCGUACCCUCGUCUUCGUCUCCUGUGCGAGCCCCAAGAUCCGGACUGCCUUCGCAGAUGACGCUCAUCUCGAGAUUGUCUUGUCGGAGAGCCGGAACCAGGUUCAAUGCCCGAGGCAUCGAUGAUGAUGGCAAUGUCGCCAAUUUUGUCGAAUCCGAAACCAUCUUCUACGCACCAACCGGCCUCUGCUUCUCGUACACCCAGGUCCGGGGAAGCGUGCCGCUGUUCUGGGAGCAGGCGACUGGACUGCUCCCCGGGCAACAAAAGAUCACAAUCACCCGAUCGCCGGAAGCUACCCAACCGGCCUUUGAUAAGCACUUCGAACAUCUGGAGCUCAGCUAUGGUGCUAUACACGUGGUUAACCUUCUUAGUAAUGAAAAGCCGAAUGAACUAGAGUUGACCCAUAGGUACCGCCAUCACAUAAGGCAGAGCCCUAUGAACUACGCGCACGAACAGAGCAAGGAGCAUGAACUUAUCAAGCUCACCGAAUACGAUUUUCACGCCGAGACCAGGGGACCUGGCGGGUAUGAGAUGGCGAGUAUGAUUCAGCAGUGGAUACGUGAUUCUGCAGACGGCUUUGCAUAUUAUCUUUCUGAGGAUAUAGAAGAACAUGCGAGAUCGAAUGGGAACGAUUAUGUUGUUCGAAGACCGACUACGAUUCUGCAACAAGAGGGCGUGUUUAGGACCAAUUGCCUGGACUGCUUGGACCGAACGAACCUUGUUCAAACCAUAAUCAGCAGAAUGGCUCUGGAGAUUCUCUUCAAUCACAAGACAUUGGGGGCCAGCCAGGACUUCUGGGCCAGGCAUUCGAGCAUGUGGGCAGAUAACGGGGAUGCGUUAUCACGGAUAUAUGCCGGAACAGGAGCCCUAAAGUCUUCAUUCACAAGACAUGGGAAAAUGUCGCUUGCUGGGGCCCUAGCCGACGCUAGAAAGAGCGCUACGCGCAUGUAUAUCAAUAAUUUUGCGGACAAAGGGCGGCAGAACACUAUCGACAUGUUACUUGGUCGCCUAAUGGGCCAGGUGCCGGUGCACUUGUAUGAUCCCAUCAAUGACUUUGUCAUUGCCGAACUCAACAAGCGCUCAGCCGAAUUCACAGAAAGUGAAGUUAUACACAUCCUCGCCGGGACCUUCAACCUCAACGGGAAGACACAUGGCCUUCAUGAAGACCUGGCACCCUGGUUGUGUCCAGAGGUAGUAUCUUCUCAACAGUGCCCGGAAAUCGUUGCCGUGGGUUUCCAAGAGAUAGUUGAGUUGAGUCCGCAACAAAUCAUGUCUACAGAUCCGGCGAGGCGGCAGGCUUGGGAGUCUGCUGUUAGGAAUUGCCUCAACGAAAAUGCGGCGAAACACGGUCAGGAAGAGUAUGUCCUGCUAAGAGGCGGACAACUCGUAGGCGCAAGUCUGUCAGUGUUUGUCAAAGCAGGAUCGCUGAAGAGCAUCAAAAACGUUGAAGGGAGUCUGAAAAAGACCGGCAUGUCUGGCAUGGCGGGCAACAAAGGGGCCGUGGCUAUCCGCAUGGAAUACGCUAAUACCUCAAUAUGUUUCGUGACGGCGCACCUUGCAGCUGGGUUCGCAAACUACGAGGAGAGAAACCGAGACUACAAAACGAUCAGCCAUGGUUUGCGGUUCCAAAGGAACCGAUCAAUCGAGGAUCACGACACAGUAAUUUGGCUCGGAGACUUCAAUUAUCGAAUAGGCUUGAGCAACGAAAAGGUACAGAAACUGUGCCAUGUUGGUGAUUUUGAGACGCUGUACGAGAACGACCAGCUGAACCUCCAGAUGGUCGCUGGCCUGACCUUCCCUUAUUAUUCCGAGGCCCGCAUCACCUUCCUCCCUACAUACAAAUACGACAUCGGGACCGACACCUACGAUACGUCCGAGAAAGCUCGUAUCCCUGCCUGGUGUGACCGCAUUCUUCGCAAAGGUGAUAAUAUCCGCCAGAUUAACUAUGACUGCGCUCCACUCCGCUUUUCGGACCACCGCCCUGUGUAUGCAACCUUUCAGUGUCUGAUCAACAAAAUCGAUGAAAAACGUAAAGACCAACUUAGCCAAGAGCUAUACGGCAAGCGAAAGGAAGUCGUUGGCGAUACGCGCGCAUCUAGUGGAGCGGCUAUGGAAGACACCGAUGACGAGGAUCUGUUAGGAUAUGAGAGCGUAGAACCUGGUUUACCACCUGCAAGUUCAGAUCGACGGAAAUGGUGGCUCGAUAACGGGCUCCCAGCACGCUCGAGAGUGCAACCAUCCAGCAAUGAUCACUUUCCCAAUCCCAAGCGGCCCAGUAAUCCUUUCACGCCUUCACCAGAGCCUGAUUGGGUCGAAGUCCGGACAACGGGAAGACCGGAGCCACCACCAGCCAGAGGUACGCAACGAGCACAUACAGUAGACUUCAACGACGUAGGGACGAGUGUACCGAGCAGCGUAGCAAACCCUGCCACAAGCCUCCGACCCUCAAGAGCACCUAAUCCCACUGCACGGAAGCUCAUAGCUCCACCCUUUAACGUCGGCCCGCCAUCAUUUACCAAUGCAAGCAACAGUCCUUCAGUUUCCCACCUAGACGGGCCUACCGAUUUGAGACGUACCCCCUCCGCCGCAUCUACCCGCUCCCUGCCAGCACUUCACCAUCGCCCUACCCAUCCAACUCCAGCUCCCAAUCGCACACGAGAGAUUUCCCGCAAAGCAGCACCGCCAAUCCCCACCAAGAAGCCUUCGCUUCACGGGACGCCUACUGCGCCACCUCUACGCUACCGUGAUGAACCCGAUUCAGGCGCCUUCUCCGACCCUGACCACAGUCGACCGCUACCACCGCCCCCUCGUCGCUCGAUGGCCGAGAGGAGGCCUGUAGGGAUGGGCAAUGGUGUGGGGAGUCUGAUCGAUGCCAGUGAUGAGAGGCCAGCGUUACCACCAAGGACCGGGACCGGGCUGAGUGCACGAGGGAGAAAUCUGAUGGACGAGGAACCGGAGGACAUGAAUCUGAAAGGGUGGGAGGUGCUGAGGCCGGCGAGAUAA